AUGAAAUUCUCUGCUGCUAUCUUCGCUGCUGGUGCCAUCGCUGCUUACGUUCCAUCUGAACCAUGGUCCACCCUGACCCCUUCUGCCACCCUCAAGAGUGCAACCACUGACUACACCAAGACCUUUGGUAUUGCCAUCAACAAGGUUACUACUACUUCUGGCGCAAAGGCUAAGAGAGACGUUGUCACCCAGAUCGGUGACGGCCAAAUCCAAGCCACCACUGCUACCGCAACCACUGCUGCUGUUGUGACCCAAAUUGGCGACGGCCAAAUCCAAGCCACCACCGCCACCUCUACCGCUAAGUCCACCUCGAAGACCACCGCUGCUGUGGUUACCCAGAUCGGAGACGGCCAGAUCCAGGCUACCACUGCCACCCCAACCUCCAAAACCACCGCUGCCGUCGUGACCCAAAUCGGUGAUGGCCAGAUCCAGGCUACUACCGAGACUUCCGAGGCCGCCAAGACCACCGAGAAUGUUGUUUCGCAGAUCGGUGACGGCCAGAUCCAAGCCACUACCGCUACUUCCGCUCACCAGAGCGUCGUUUCACAAAUCAGCGACGGCCAGAUUCAGGCUACCACCGCCACCUCCUCCGUCGCAUCCCAAAUCACCGACGGCCAGGUCCAGGCCUCCAGCACUGCUACUGCUGACGACUCGUCCUCGUCCAUCGCUACCUCCUGCAAGAGCGACGAGGCCCUUGCCAUGGUCCUGAACGGCGGUAUCUUGACCGACGCCAAGGGAAGAAUCGGAUCGAUCGUUGCUAACAGACAAUUCCAAUUCGACGGACCUCCACCACAAGCAGGUGCUAUCUACGCUGCUGGCUGGGCUAUUUCCCCAGAAGGUUACCUUGCCAUCGGUAACACCACCACUUUCUACCAAUGCUUGUCGGGCAACUUCUACAACCUGUACGACGAGUCCAUUGGAGGCCAGUGUGAGCCUGUUCACCUCAACAUCGUUGACUUGGUCACGUGCUAA